CUUCUUCACGCCCACCCUCAAACGCGCCACUCAUUUGAAUCUUGCCGCCGGGACGAGGCCCUCGCUCCGCGCAGGCGCAGAAGACUUCUCUCGCGAGAGCCGAAGUCUCGCACCAGGGCCCCGGCUAGCUCGGAGGCACCAUGUUCCUCACCUCUGCCCUCCUCCGCGGUCGCAUUCCGGGCCGGCAGUGGAUCGGGAAGCACCGGCGGCCGCGGAACGUGACUUUCCGGAUGAAGGAGAACAUGCUCCGGCGCCUGGAGGUGGAGGCCGAGAACCACUACUGGCUGAGCAUGCCCUACAUGACCGCCGAGCAGGAGUUCGGCCACGCCGCGGAGCGCAGGGCCCAGGCUUUUGAGGCCAUCAAGGCAGCCGCCACUUCCAAGUUCCCCAAGCACAGAUACGUUGCCGACCAGCUAGCCCAUCUCAACGUCACGAAGAAAUGGUCCUAACCUGGAGCCGUCAUCUUUACCCUUAUGGAUACCAGACUGUUCUCUUACCUGGUCCUGGAGCUGAAAAAAAAAAUGUAAUUUAUAAACUGUGGCGCACCCCCCCUCCCACUUCGACCAGAAUCCUAUUAAAACAAACACGAUUACUAGUUGUUUUAUAAAGAA